AUGAAUUUAGCUUUAAGGCAAGUCUUAAGGUCGCAGACGUUCAGAUUAUGUGAUAGAUUUACUCACAGAAAUCUACCCAAACAAAUACAAAUAACCUCAACAUGUCCUGUUAUACAAUUUCGGAAUUAUUGCGAAGAGAAAGUAGAGACCAAAAUACUGCCGCAGCUAAUGGAAUUUCCUCCUAUUGUAUGGCCCUCUUUUAUGAAAUUCAUAAAGAAUUGGAUGUUUGCCAAUUUCAUUAUUAGGCCUUAUUUCGAGCAAGAAUUCAACUUACACGAGUUUAUUGAGGCUUCCAAACAUGCUGUUCAGGUUGUUUCAGAUGCAUUACAAAGAAGUGAUUUUAAAGCUUUAGAAGACAUAGUUGAGAAGGAUGCCAUCUCUGCAUUAAAGACUGCAGUGUCAAAGCUCUCAGUAUCACAACGACAGUUGCUAGCUAUUGAAAAAGAUGAUAUAUUUUAUGCUUUCCCUUAUCAGGUUGGGAUAAUGUUUGAUGAUUCAGACAAGAGGUGGGUAGAAAUAACAAUGUGCUACCAUGUGUUGAGGGGACUUAAACAUAUGAAAGAGACUGGUGAUCUACCUCCUAUAUCGUUAGGUGUACAGCCAGAGUAUCAAGACAAGAUAUUUAUACUGAAUUAUAGAUUCAUCAGAGAGUUUACUAAAGGCGUUGAAGGCAGUUGGUGGGUCAACAUAGUUAACCACUUCCAGCCCCAUACAUUGAAGAAGUUGCAGUAG